AUGUUGGUGUUUGAGAAGGGCACGUUUGCAAGUCGUAUUAUCGCCACCACCGAGCGUACAAUCGCCAUUCCAGAGUUGCUGUCCUACGAAGAAGCUGCGACACUCCCGUCUGUGUACCUAACAGCACUGUACAGUCUGUUCGACCUGGCCAACCUCAAGCAGGGAGACCGCGUACUGAUCCAUUCCGCCACAGGAGGUUUGAGUAUAGCCGCCAUUCAAAUAUGCCAGGCGGUAGGAGCCACGGUGUACGCCACGGUGGGACAAGAUGUCAAGAAACAGUUCUUGAGAGAUACCUUCAGUAUCCCAGAAGAACAUGUUUACAUUUCGAGGCCCAGCUCAUGA